GUUGGAUUAAUUAAAAAAUGGCGUCACUUUGCAAUUGGGUCGGCGUCUUUUUUCGGAAAAUUCUGUCGUUGAAUUCGAAACGUUUCCGCCUGGGUUACUUCGUUAUUACCUGUUUCCUCAUCUACUGGACCUAUUCGGCCAUUGUUUCCAACCAGCAAGUCGUUUCAGUUUGGCUAAAUUUCAUUCAAACUAGAAAAUUCGACCUAUUGAUGGCGUCCAAUCGGAAAAUUGACCGACGGACCUGUUGCCAGUCUCCCGAUUAUUCCAAAGAUAUUUGCGGCCGAUCCAAUUGCACGUCGUUAUGUCCGUCUCCUCGUGAUUUAAACCAGUUGAAGAACGACGGACCAAACGCCUUUUUCAUCGAAACGUCCGGCAGUGGCGGUCUGAACAUCCGCCAGGCCUUCGCCGUCGAGUCGCUGGCCUUUCACAAUCCAAAUUUAACUGUCAACGUCCUUUUCAUGAUGGACGACGGCCAUCAGAAACAAAUCAAAAAUAAAGUGCUGACCGAAACGGUCGAAAAGUUAAAAUCUAAAUACGAAAAUAUUCAAUUCAUCAUUGUCGAUUUGAACGAGUUCAUGGCCGGCACGUCGAUGGAAAAAUGGUUCCACUGCACCGACUGGCGGACAGGGCCCUACCACGUCUCCCAUCUCAGCGAUGGCCUCCGCUUUUUGACUCUGCACAAGUACGGCGGAUAUUAUUUCGACCUGGACGUCAUCUUCGUCCGGCCCGUCACUUAUUACCGCAACUUUAUCACCGCUGCAUCGGCCACCAAUUUCGCCAGCGGCAUCAUUCACGCAGAUUAUGGACAUCCCAUCACGCAACUGACCGUUAACGAUUUCCCUACCAAUUACAAGAAAAACAAGUGGACGCACAACGGACCGGAUUUGGUGCUGCGGGUCAUGAAAAUCUUUUGCCGAGAAGAGAAUUUCAACAAAAUCAAUUACGUCAGUUGCCGAGGGUUUGGUGUCCUUCCGGCUUCGACAUUUUCUCCCAUCCACUGGAGCAAUUGGCAAUCGUUUUUCAACCGUAGGCCGGCCAAUGAAACUGGAGUGCCCAGUUGGAUCACCAAUCAAAUCGUCGGCGUCCACGUUUGGAACAAAUUGAGUUUCAACGAAACGGCCUACAAGAAUUCGACGCAGGAAUACGUCCGACUGGUCAGAGACAAUUGUCCCAUCAUCUACUCCAUCGCCCCCGAAACAUUUUAAUUGGUUCAAGUGAGCUGUAAGGGCUUUAAGUCUAAAGGUCUUUACACAAAUUGAUUUCAUUCUUUCGUGUUUAUGUCGUUGUGUUCGUUUUGAACUGCGCAUCUCGACUAGUUUUAUGGUUUUAGCGUCGUUGUAUGUCGUCGUUAAUCAAAUGCCUAGAUAGUGCUGUCCUUUUUUAAUUGCAGCCAAAUGUUUUAGUGGGUUUGAGAGCGGCUGAAUGGCGACAAGCUUCACUUUUGAGUGGGGAUGCACCCAGUUGACACACUUGUGUUUCACGUCUUCUUUCACAUCUAGUCUCAUUUUAUACUUUCAGAAAUUUCAUUAAUCGAAUAUUAAUUUGUUAUGCUCUUUUGUUUUCGUCGUCGACUGUCGGUGAUGGCUGGAUUCAUCAUCGUCUGCUGUUUCUUCUUCAAUUUCGUCAUCAAACAACCAAACAACGAAGAUUUAACCUUAAUUGAGUUUACCGAUGAAUUUAGUAACGAGACGGGAGCCGACCGCUACAUCGUCCCCAACAUCAUCCACUUUAUUCGCUACCAGAAAUUCGAGCUCAAUUUCGUCGAUUACGUCGUUUUAAAAGCGGCGAUGCGCAACCACAGGCCGGACCAUUUUUAUUACCACACCAACAUCAAGAACGUGACCUACGACGGCAAGUACUGGGACUGGGUGAGAAAAGACGAGCCACUCUGGUCCCGCAUUCGAGUCAAGUACCUCGAAGCUCCGACGGAAAUUUUCGGCCAGAAGCUGAGCGACGGAUGGCGGUUCCACCACGGGAGCGACAUCGGACGCAUCCGCGUCCUGAUGCAAUACGGCGGUAUCUACCUGGACAACGACUGCUUCGUCAUUCGUUCACUGGACAAGUACCGCAAAUUCGAGUGCGCCCUCAACUGGGACGACAAGCAAUUCAUGGGCACCCAAACUUUAAUUGCGCACAAGAAUUCCCGUUUCAUCAAACUCUGGCUGGAAUCUUACAAGGGCAAUUAUCAUUCGGAUCGAUGGUACUACAAUGCAGGAGAACGGCCAACGACUGAAAUCCUGUUCCAGCAACCGUAUUUGAUCCAUCGGGUGAAAGGCGAUUUCGGGGCUGCCACGGGCGUUUCGAUGAGUCUCUAUAAAAAUCUGAAAUUUGAUUGGCGCCAUUUGGAUGUCAUCCAUUUGCUCAUGAAUCACCGUAGUUACCUGGAUCCCAAUUACAACAAGACGCCCGUCUUUGACGAGAACAACAUCCGCACUUACGAGUAUCCAUUCGGAGACAUGGUCCGCCAUCUCCUCGACAUGCAAUCACCUAAUUCUCCUAGUCCAUAAAUAUAACCCACCGCAUCAGAAACAUUUACUCGUUGAACUUAUAACCGCGGAGUAAAUUAAAACGAAACCGGUCUCAUCUCCGAAUCAUUUCGGGCUGGGCCGUCCUUGAUAUAAAAACGAAGAUCGCCCAGCUUUUGACACGGCAGUCGUUCGAGAGUCAACGACUAAAACAACAACUCCUAUUCGAUUUUCUUCCGCAAUUCAAUUCAAAAUGAAGACCUGCUGCUCGCCGAUCCUUAUCUUCCUGCUGGCCAGCCUCACGGCCGUCGCCAACGUCUCUGCUGCAACAACAACAGUGACUACGACGAUUACGACGACGACCAACGCAGUUUGCGGUAGUAUGGCGACGGGCGUCUCUUCCAGCACACUGACCAACUGCCGACGCCGACGCAACUACUGGAUCGACGUCCCCGCCUACAUCGCCUUGAACGACGAUGUCGACAACCAACUCGUCCAAUAUUUCAAUCCUACCAAGACUUAUCAGGUGGAGCCGACUGUUUGGCCGUUCAAAUCCAAUCAUCAGCCAAUCGAUUAUCAUCCGGCUUAUUGGCUGGGAUCAUUUUUCCCCACACCUUCCGAUGUGAUCCAGCCUUCCGUCAUGUCGGCAACGGACGUCGAGCAGAAAGGAAUGAAAUUGGGACUAACUGCUCUGAUUGCCUUGAUUAAAGGCGUCCUGGGUUCGAUCAUACCGCCUGGAAAUACCAGCGAUGUGACCGUCACAUCGACGAAAACGGAGACGGUCAUCAGCAGCACGAAAACCAUUUUCAUUUCCGGCUGCAAGCCGGUGCCGUUCCCUUUCUCGACUUGUCAGUAAAAACAAUUUGAAUUUCCCGCCAUUUGACCUUUUUCUCAAGUAGUUUAAAUUUCCCGCUGUUAUUUAUAUAUCAUGAUCUAUUGCCAUUUAAUUAUUGAUGGAAUAUCCAGCCCAAUUAAUAACCGAGAAUACACGGGGACCCAAAAUAA